CUAUAGAAGGUAUGGGAAGAAGGGUCACAUGGGAUCACAAUCUGCCUAUAAACGGCUACUGCCAAACCUGAAUCCUUCUCUUAAAGCUGAGUUAGGCUCAGAAGGUGGUGUGGUCUCCAGACUCUCUGGUCAACACGUUUAAAGGUUCUAUCUAGUUAAGCUUGGGGCUUUUGGAUCAUGGAUACCUUCCUCUUCACUUCUGAGUCAGUGAAUGAGGGUCACCCUGAUAAGCUUUGUGACCAGAUUUCUGAUGCAGUCCUUGAUGCCUGCCUAGAGCAAGAUCCAGAAAGCAAGGUUGCCUGUGAGACCUGCACAAAGACCAACUUGGUCAUGGUCUUUGGAGAGAUUACCACCAAAGCCAAUGUGGACUAUGAGAAGAUUGUUCGCGACACGUGCCGCGGGAUAGGCUUUGUGUCCGAUGAUGUUGGCCUUGAUGCAGACAAUUGCAAUGUAUUGGUUUACCUGGAGCAGCAAAGCCCUGACAUUGCACAGGGUGUCCAUGGCAACCUCACAAAGCGGCCGGAGGAGAUUGGUGCAGGUGAUCAGGGUCACAUGUUUGGCUAUGCCACGGACGAGACACCAGAAUUUAUGCCUCUCAGUCAUGUCCUCGCUACCCAGCUCGGCGCUCGCCUCACCGAGGUGCGCAAGAAUGGGACCUGCACUUGGUUGAGACCUGAUGGGAAAACACAAGUUACUGUGGAAUACUACAAUGACAAUGGUGCAAUGGUCCCGGUCCGUGUCCACACUGUUCUGAUUUCCACGCAGCAUGAUGAAACGGUUACCAAUGAUGAAAUUGCUGCUGACCUCAAAGAGCAUGUAAUUAAGCAUGUGAUACCUGAGAAGUACUUGGAUGAGAAGACCAUUUUCCAUCUCAACCCGUCUGGCCGGUUCGUGAUUGGCGGCCCUCAUGGUGAUGCCGGCCUCACUGGGCGCAAAAUCAUUGUCGACACAUAUGGUGGUUGGGGAGCACAUGGUGGCGGUGCCUUCUCUGGGAAGGACCCCACCAAGGUGGAUAGGAGUGGAGCCUAUAUUGCUAGACAGGCUGCAAAGAGUAUUGUGGCCAGUGGAAUUGCAAGAAGGUGCAUUGUGCAAAUUUCAUAUGCAAUUGGUGUUCCUGACCCAUUAUCUGUGUUUAUUGACACUUAUGGGACAGGGAAGGUUCCAGACAGGGAGAUUCUGAAGAUUGUGAGGGAGAACUUUGACUUUAGGCCUGGAAUGGUUUCCAAUGAUUUGGACCUCAAGAGGGGUGGGAAUGGCAGGUUCUUGAAGACUGCUGCUUAUGGACAUUUUGGAAGAGAUGACCCUGAUUUCACAUGGGAGAUUGUGAAGCCUCUCCAUUGGGAGAAGCCCCAAGAAUAAAUAAGCUUGUGUUACCAAUGCAGUGAUAUCCUUAGCUGCUUGGUUUGUUUUCCCUAUGCGAUAGUCAAAGCAUAUCCACUGGUUCUUACUUCUUUUCUAUAUACAUGAGAAUUGAGCUGAGUAAUUUCUAGUAAGUAGAAACUAAGAGCUGUUAAAUAUUUUAUGUUUGAGAGUGAAAUAUUAAUGUGUUUUGUGUGUAAGUUACUUGUUUAGACUUUUUAGAGCAAGUAAAUCAAUGUGCCAAUAGACUUGCGCAACUGAAGAAGGGUCUCCAAUGAUUUGACCCAAAAUAUUCUCUACCAAGGGACUUGCCUAAAAUCAUAAACUGAACUUUCUUUUUAUCUUUAUUUGGCUUAGGAUAAAUUGAUCUUUUCUCAACAGUAUGGAAGAAAUAUUGGAAAGAUAACCAUUUAUGUACACACCCCCAAUAUAUUGGGUUCAUAAUCUUCUUUUCCAUUACAACCCACUUUCCCUUCAUACACAAACAACAUCUAUCUAUGCUACAAACAAAAGGAGACCAACAAAAAAGAUAAAUUAAAUUUAAAAAAAUAAGGUAAAAUAAUCAAAAUAAAUAUAUACCGACCCCUCUGCGGUGCCCAUCAUAGGAAGCAAAUCCAAGGAUCUAAAGGGUUAAAACUCUCCAAGCGAAAAAAAAAAAAAAAGAA